GGUUGCGGCCAUAUCUAGCAGAAAGCACCGUUUCCCGUCCGAUCAACUGUAGUUAAGCUGCUAAGAGCGAGACCGAGUAGUGUAGUGGGAGACCAUACGCGAAACUCUCGUGCUGCAAUCUUUUUUUUUGGUAGAGAUUGCGAGAGGGUGGCUAAGGUUUUGGUGAAGGUUUUAGGGAAGGAGACCUGUUGGAGCAAUUGCUUCCCUGAAUCAAAGACAGGCCUGUUUAAACAGAUAGAUACUUCAUAGUCCGCGGUAGAAUGUUGAAAUAACUACAAUAACCACAAUUACGGCAACAAGUGUUUUGGCUAGUAAUUGUGUUCAGAGAAUCGACCGCCAAGUGACAUAGCCGAGGUGUUUUGGGUCAUUUCCACCGAAUCCUCCAGACAAGAUUUUGAUUAAGGGGUCAGGAAUAUUCUGAAACAUGACUGUUUCCCCUAUACCAUCGGGCUGUGGAUGCGAAUACUGUGUGAAAUCUAAAAUUAGAAUCGCUGCUGAAAAUAUCUCUGAUAAAUUGAAAACCAAGGGCAUGAGAGAUUUUAGAAAGUCGCCAAGACCCAGAUGUAUAGCACCGGGCUUAGAGUGGAGACAGCUCAGAAUUUCCUACGUUUAUAAGUACUCUCACAUCUUCCACUUCUUUAUCUCGUCAUUGAAUCGUUUAUCUAAUACGCAACUGAAACAAUUUGACACACUGUGAAGUCCCCACACCUGAUCCAAGCCAACUUUAAAAGAACGUGACAUACCUUUAGCAUUUAAUUCACGAACUAGAGAUCAGUAUUUCAAAUACCUGCCUGUUCAACUUUUAGUUAAGCCAUUUGCUAAGCCAUUUGUUCAGUUAUUUGUUCAGUUAUUUGUUCAGCCAUUUGUUUACCUUUAGGUGCGACUCGUGCAAAAAAAAAUCUUGAUCUCGUCUAUUAAUAUUGGCAUCUACUUAAUUCGAAUUCUUCACCCAUUUCUAACCUGGUUUCUUCCAUGAGUGGUCACAACUACAAUUACAACCAGCAGUAUGGGCAUCAUACUGGGUCUGGCUACGCGGGACCCCAGCAGUCAGGUACCUAUAACUACAAUCACCAAAGAAUCCCUAGUGAUCAUUCUAUCAACUUCACACAACCUCCACCCGUUUAUAAUCAGUCGUACACGCAAGCAGGUAAUGACACAUACGAAGACUUGACGAGUUUUUACAGAGACGAGAACAAUGAUACGUAUGACAGACCGUCUCAGAUAUUCAACACGUCUUCCACCCAUUUAAACCCCAAUCAGCCGUACACAAAUAACCCGUUUAAUGGAGGUUCAUCGAGUUUUGAAGACUUGCACAAUGCUCCUGAACCGUUGACUUCUCACGACAACUAUGAAAUGAAUCAAUUUCACGGAGAUAGUUAUACCCAACACAAUAACUUCAACCAGGCAUUUGUUCCUCAUGUAUAUGAUGAUGAUGACGAGGAAGAACGAGAAUUCGACAAAAAUAUCGAGUAUAACGAGUUUGUUGGAGACCAUUACGACUUGAAUGCAGUACAUGCUCCUGUGUAUGAUGACGAUGAUUCUCCUUUUGCUGAUGAAGCUGAGGAAUUUGAAAAGCCUCCUGAAGAGGAAGCAGUGAGAUCCAAACCUCAUAUAGGGAUUGCAUCGGGUUUGAACGGGCACUUGGUAUUGGAUUGUCCAGUGGCUACCGAAUUAUUGAGAAAGUUUCCUGAUUAUAAGGGUGACCUCAAAGAUGGCGGUUUAUCGAGAGAGUUCGCUUAUAUGAGAUACACAGCUGUAACCUGUGGUCCUUCUAACUUCUACAAGGACGGGUAUAUUCUAAGACCAGUACACUAUCCUCAGCCAAGAGAGACCGAAUUGAUGGUAGUGAUCACUAUGUAUAACGAAGAUGACCUUUUGUUGGCCAGAACUUUGAAGGGUGUGUUCAAGAACAUUAAACACUUGGAAUCUAGAAACAGAUCUUCAGUUUGGGGUAAAGAUUCUUGGAAAAAAGUGGUUGUUUGCAUAGUUUCGGAUGGACGGUCCAAGAUCAAUGAACGUGCACAAGCGUUGUUGGCAGCUUUGGGUGUUUAUCAGGAUGGUUUGGCCAAAUCGCAGGUUGAUGACAAAAAGGUCAAAGCUCAUAUGUAUGAAUACACCACCAGAGUGGGGAUUUCCAGCGUGGAUGAUACGGUUAAGUUGACUACCGAAAAGAUUGUUCCCGUUCAAUUGUUGUUCUGCUUGAAAGAAGAAAAUACGAAGAAGAUUAAUUCCCAUAGAUGGUGCUUCCAAGCCAUUAGUCAAAUCUUGGACCCUAAAAUUAUUGUGUUGUUGGACGCCGGUACUCAGCCAACUGGUAAGUCAUUAUACCAUUUAUGGAAGGAGUUCGAUAAGGAUCCACAAGUGGCUGGUACAUGUGGAGAAAUCAAAGCCUCCUUAAAGAAGAGAGAAAUCAUCACCAAUCCAAUUACGUAUGGCCAAAAUUUCGAGUACAAGAUCUCCAAUAUAUUGGAUAAACCUACCGAAUCUGUAUUCGGGUUCAUUUCAGUGUUGCCAGGUGCUUUUUCUGCUUAUAGAUAUGUGGCUCUAUUGAACGAUAUCAAUGGCAAAGGUCCGUUGGAGAAGUAUUUCAAGGGUGAAUUUUUGCACAGUAGUGGAGAGUUGGAUCCCAAUGAUGAUGAAUAUGUCUUGAAAUCCCAACAGCUAAAAGAAGAAGCAGGUAUCUUUACCUCCAACAUGUAUCUUGCUGAAGACAGAAUCUUAUGUUAUGAGUUGGUAGCUAAGAAGAAUUGUUCUUGGUUAUUGAGAUACUGUAAAAGUGCUAGUGCUGAAACAGAUGUUCCUGACAGGUUAGCUGAGUUUAUCUUGCAAAGAAGGAGAUGGUUAAAUGGUUCUUUCUUUGCAGCCAUAUAUUCGUUGGCUCAUUUCCCCAAGAUUUGGGGUUCUUCCCAUAGUAUUGGUAGAAAGAUAUUUUUGCAUAUCCAAUUUGUCUACCAGUUUUUGAAUUUGAUUGUAUCUUGGUUUUCUAUUGGUACUUACUUUUUGGUGUUCAGAAUCUUAACUACAGGGUUAUCCGACUCUAGUUUGGGAUUUGCUCCUGGUAACAUUUUAUCGGUUAUUUUCCUAUGGUUGUAUCUUGCUUCAUUGGUUACGACUUUUGUUUUGAGUUUUGGUAAUAAACCUAAGGGAACAGAAAAGUUCUAUAUUGUGAUUGUGAUUUUCUUUGCCAUAUUGAUGGCGUAUAUGAUUUUUGCAGCCAUUUUUAUGGCGGUGAACUCGGUGCAGCAGAUUUAUAAUGAUAACGAGAAGAUUACGGUGAAGCUAUUUUUCCUGAAUUCAGAAUUCAGAGACUUGGUGGUAGCAACUUGUUCUACUUAUGCAUUGUACUUCUUGGCAUCGUUCUUAUAUUUUGAACCAUGGCACAUGUUCACGUCCUUCGUGCAAUAUAUCUUGUUGUCUCCUUCAUACAUCAACGUGUUGAACAUUUACGCCUUCUGUAACAUUGAUGAUAUUUCCUGGGGUACCAAGGGAGACGUUGGAGCCAAGGAUUUGGGGGUGGCGAAGGUCAGAGAUGAUGGUACCUUUGAUGUCAACAUUCCAAUUUUGAAGGAAGAGAUCAACCAAUCUUAUUUGAACCAAUUGGAGAAGAUUAAGAAGCCAGUUGAAGAUGACGGAAGUGGAUAUGCUUCUAAUAACGACGAUUAUUAUGCGUUCAUCAGAUCCAUGACGGUCUUGGUCUGGAUGAUCUCUAAUUUUGUGAUUGUGGCAUUGGUCUUAAAAACCGGUGGAUUAUCCCAGUUUGGCGGCACUAGUCAAGAAAAGAGAGAGACUAUAUUUUUGACGGUAAUCUUAUGGAUGGUAGCAUUCAUGGCACUUUUCCGGUUCAUUGGAUGCGUUUUGUACUUGAUCCAAAGAUUCUUAAGAAGUUUCAAGCUGUCGACAUCCUACCAAAGGCAACAAAAGGGCUUACUUUAGUUUCUACUAAGUAUGUAAAGAAUUCACAUUAUAUGUCAUUAG